AUGACGAAAAGUCAAUAUAGACAUUUGUAUUCAACGUCAGAGAAUAUGCCCCGGAUGUACUGCACCCCGAAAAUCCACAAGGAAAGUAACCCGUUACGUCACAUCGUAGACUACACUGAAUCAAUAGGAGACAACAGUUCCCGUGCAUUAGCCGAUCUAUUAGGACCUUUAGUGGGACUAUCGGAACAUCAUGUCAAAAACUCUAAAGACUUAGCUGGAAAGAUGUGUGAAAUAAUGAUUGAGGAAGAUGAGAUCUUUGCCUCACACGAUGUUGUCUCCCUAUUUACCAACACCCCAACAGACAAAGCUUUGGAAAUCAUUCGGGAUAGAUUAGAAAAUAACAGCACUCUAAAGAAAAGAACUUUAUUGACCCCAAGUGACAUCAUGGAACUGUGUGAAUUCAUUUUAACGACUACCUUUUUUCAAUUUAGGGGUAAUAUUUUUCAGCAAACGUUUGGCACAGCUAUGGGUAGUCCCGUGUCUCCUAUUGACGCUAAUUUGUAUAUGGAGUGGCUUGAGAAGAAGGCAAUAGCAAUAGCUCCAGUCAAUUGUAAACCACAACUAUGGAAACGUUACGUUGACGAUAUCCUAGAGAAGAUGAAUAGGGGAGAAACUCAAAACCUGACUGACCACCUCAACACUGUCAGUGCCACAGACAGCAUCAAAUUCACACAUGAGGAAGAGAACAAUGGAACAAUACCAUUCUUGGACACACUGAUUGUCAGAAGGCCGGACGGUAGUGUGAAAUUACUGGUGUGCAACGAUAUAGUCACGGAGGAAAAUGACAGAAAGAAAGAGGAAGCUCAUAUAGUGGAGGCUUUGAGAAAAUGUGGAUAUCCAAAGUGGUCAUUUCAAAAAGUGAAAAAGCAGAUAGAAAGAAAGAAAGACACAAAGAAGAAAGGAAACCCCAAAGACAAAGACAAGGACAGUUCGAAAGGUUUAGUCAUCCUACCUUACGUAAAAGGCUUAACAGAGGGAGUAUCUAGAGUGCUAAGAAAACAUCAUAUAGCAACUGCGGUAAAACCCAAGCAGACAAUACGUAACAUCUUGAUACAUCCAAAGGACAAGCAGGAUAAAUUAGAAAAAAUUGAAAUAGUGUACAAGAUUCCUUGUAAAAGUUACAACAAAAUAUACAUUGAAGAAACAGGAAGGAACUUUGGAACGAGAAUUAAAGAACAUGCAAAGGAUGUAGAAUAA